AUGAAAAUCGACUUUAAAAUUUACCUUGGCCUUUGCCUUAUCAUCGGCGCUUGUGCUGAAAACGUAAAUCCCGCAACUGAAGUGAAACAAUGCUCUGGGAGUAAACCAUUUCCGCUGGAGGUCCGUGUUCAUGGAUGCGUAACGCCACCGUGUCUUGUUGUCAAAGGAACAACUCAGAAGUUUGAAAUCGAUUUUGCCGUCGAUAAAUACAUAACCAAGCUUACUACCUUGGUGAAGGCCACCACUUUGGGCAUUAUUACAGUGCCCUAUGAACUGCCGCCCGAGGUGGCUGCUGUCUGUCCCAAUCUCAUGUAUGGAGCCUAUUGUCCUCUCUACCCAACCGAAGAUGUGACUUAUUUGUUUACUUUUCCCAUUGGUGAAUAUCCUGAGAUUGGAGUGAAAAUAGAAAUUUAUUUGGCCGAUCAAGAUGGAGAGACGGCCACGUGUUUUGUAUGCGACAUCAAGGUUGUUAAGAAUUCUGGAGGCACAAAAGUCUAUGAGCUUAACUAUCUCAACUAAAUUAUAGAUGAAUUACCUAAACUAAUUAGCUAGAUUCGCAUUGAUUACUGUGAUAGAUGAUUUUUGA